GGGAUUUGCAGCCCUCCCUGUCGGUGAGUCGCCGACUCUCACCGCUGCACACAUCACCGUGCGCCGCCGCCGCCGCCGCCUCCGGGAUGCGUCCUGCUCUGCGAUGCCCGGGAUAGCGGGGGCACAUCGGCCCGUUUCAUAGCCUCCACCGGCCGCGUGGAAGCGACGUAUCCCCCGUGACAGCCUGACAGGAUCCGUGGGCGCCGCUGUGAGGAUGCUGCCUCUGCGCUCCGGGGAUCUCUGCUGACCGGCGCGUUUCGGCUCCUGUUUGAGCGGAAAGGAUCGCCAGUUUUUUGGCUGUUUCUUUGCAGCAGCAGCAGCAGCAGCAGCCUCCGCCUUUUAGGGGUUGUUAGAAAGGGGGGAAAGAUGGGGAGCACGACCUCUUGCUGCGUGUCUGCCAGCCCCAAGCUCCGCAGAAAUGCCCACUCGAGGCUGGAGUCGUACCACCAGGAGUCGGAUCUGAGCAGGGAGGAGACAGGAUGCAACCUGCAGCACAUCAGCGACAGGGAGAACGUUGACGAGUUGAACAUGGAGUACAAUCCGUCGGACCAUCCGCGGGCCAGCACCAUAUUCCUCAGCAAAUCACAGAAUGAUGAGGUGCCUUUCAGGAGUGUGCGAGACAAAAGAAAGAGCCUCUUCAUCAAUAAUCACGGAACAUCGAGGAGGAAAUACAGCUCCUGCUCCACCAUCUUCCUGGAUGACAACACCGUCAGCCAGCCCAACCUCAAAUAUACAAUUAAAUGUGUCGCUUUGGCAAUUUACUACCAUAUAAAAAACAGGGACACAGAUGGAGGAAUGCUGCUGGACAUCUUUGAUGAGAAGCUUCAUCCUCUCUCAAAGUCAGAGGUUCCACUGGAUUACAACCAACACGACCCGGAGCAGAAGCAGAUCUACCGGUUCGUCAGGACGUUGUUCAGUGCCGCUCAGCUCACUGCUGAGUGCGCCAUCGUCACACUGGUUUACCUGGAGAGGCUCCUGACCUACGCAGAGAUGGACAUCUGUCCGGGGAACUGGAAGAGGAUUGUUCUGGGCGCCAUCCUGCUGGCCUCCAAAGUCUGGGAUGAUCAGGCCGUGUGGAACGUCGACUACUGCCAGAUCCUCAAGGACAUCACAGUGGAGGACAUGAAUGAGCUGGAGCGACAGUUUCUGGAGCUGCUGCAGUUCAACAUCAACGUGCCGUCCAGCGUCUACGCCAAGUAUUACUUUGACCUGCGAUCGCUGUCCGAGUCCAACAACCUGAGCUUCCCCUUGGAGCCACUCAGCAGAGACAAGGCUCAGAAACUAGAGGCUAUUUCCAGGCUAUGUGAUGACAAGUACAAAGACGUGCGGAGAGCAGCCAGGAAGCGCUCGGCCAGCACGGACAAUCUGUGUGGGAUCCGGUGGGUUCCUGCAAUCCUCUCCUAACCACUAAAAUAAACUGUCAUGUGCUGAACACUGGCAUCAGGCUGGAUGAGAAACUUUACCAACCUGCCGACCUGAAACCUUCAAACUGGAGUCGAGAAAAGAGGUUUGAACCUUAACCUGAUGCCUCCACAGUGCCUCAGAUCUUCUGUUCACAUGAGAGAGAAGGAAGCUCCUGGUUUUUAUUUCAUCUGUGCAGGAAAAUCAAGCUCAUAAAACAAGCGCUGGACGAGACAGAGCCUUUGUUUGGAUGCGUGAACCACGUCUGGACUAACCUGCGUUGAGCCUCGUUUGAAAUAUUCGGCCUAACUCGUCUUUCCAAAGGCCCCGCACCUCCACAACGAACCAUAUUAUUUAUUUUACUUCAUUGUCUGAAUUUUUUCAAAUGGUUGAACCUGUAGAAUUUCACCAACAGAAGUGUAGCACUGGACUUUCUACUGCUUAUUUCCUUUGACAGGACUUAGAAUAAUAAAAGUGUUAGCGAGUUUUUCUUCUUUGGAAAUCUAAAAGGUUUACAGUAUUUAUAGCACGCCUCUUGAUACUCAGGUAGUCUGUUUAACAUGUUGAUUUAUCACGAUGAUCCUCAUUUCAGUUACAUCAAGGGUUGAAACACUAAUUGUGAAGUUCAGUGAUGCAAAAAAGGGCCACAAUUAAUUAAAAAAACUGGCAGUAUUUCCACAAAUAUGAGCGUAAUAUUGUAAUGUUGGGACACAAUCACUGCAACAUCAUUCCAGAAACACCAUAAUCUGGAUAAUCCACAGGUUACACUCCGAACAGUCACAGUUAGAUUUUUUCUUUUUUUUUUUUUUUUAAAAUUUGGACACCAUAAAGUAAGAAGAGUGGGGCUGCAGAUGGGAAAAUGGUUAUUUUGCACCCUACAGAUGCCUUCAGCAGCAAAAUAUAGAGUUACUAUAAAACUCAAGCUUGCUGUUGCUACUAAAUUUACAUUUUUGGAGUUAAAUAAACUUAAAGUCAAACCUUAAACCAACAGAAUAACUACAGCCAUCAAUGACAUUCCUUUGUUUUCAUUUAUUUAUUCAGUCUUGCAAAGUUCAUUUGGAAUCUCUUUAAAAAUCUCCAGUCUCUUAAGUCUUGUUAGUACAAACUACCACCCCAGUAUCUUCAUUUUAGGAGCUUUUACAGUGUUGUUGUAUGAAAACUGUCUGGCUUAUAUCUGAAGAAUAUGGUGUUGUCUGGGUUAAAAGGUUUCUAUAGCGCAAGCUAUAGAAAAAUAACUAUUUGCAAACUUUCUGGCAGAUAUUGCAAUUUGGAUUUCCACCAAUCCUACUUCACUUUAACCGUCAGAAAAGGAGGAUGGUAUCUGAAUUUGUAAAACCAUGAACCCAACAGUUUAAACCCUUGUGUUAGACAUAACGCAUAAUCUGUAUCCUAGCAGCCUUUGCGAUUUGCUACUGGGAUUGUUCCAAAUUACAUUUUUGACUUGAAAUGAGUUCAUUGUUGAGUCCUACUACAAACACUUUGACUAAAUCUGCAAACAAAUCUGCUGCUUUUAUCCCUACACAGUCUGUAGUUAUUCUAGGUUUUCUUAAGACAAUAACAUGUCAGUAAAAAAGCCCAAAAUCAACAUUUAAAUAACAAGAUGAACCAAAGAUAACUGUAUCAUUGUGGGUUUGGCUGCAACUUAACAUCUUCUAAAACCUCACAUCUAAAGAGUCAUCUCCAGAAGGUGGUUUAGUAAAAGGAUAGUUGUGUAACCAGGUUAUAGAAUGAAUUAACUGCUAGUUAUCUACUAUUGCCAUUCUGUAACCAACCAGUUGGACCGACAGUGUGUCCUGGAACAAGGGCAUCUCAGUUCCCUGUGUUCAUUCAGCACAAAGUUGAACUUUUAAAUUUUACAACAAAUGUUGGUGUUUGUUUUGUUGUUGUUACAGGUGAAUAAAUGAUCAGGUUUUUCAGUUUAUUUGUCUAAAUACUUAACCGGUAAAACAGAAUUAUUUUGCAAAUUAACUUUGUACAGUGUAUAAAGAGUUCAAGAACUGAAGUAAGGUCAAUUGUAAAUUAUUUAUCGAUGUGCUGAUUUGUGUUUUUAAUAAAAGAAAAUUCUCUUGUUUAAUAA